AUGCUUCUUCAUUCACUCCUCACUAUACUCUCCUUCACAAUUUCUCUAGAAGGAUGCGUAAGAAUGAUUCCUCCGGAAGAAGUAUCAAUCUCAUCUACCCUUGCUACCGUACCAACUCAUGAGCCUUCCCGUCCUCCACCAGAAGUGUCUACUGUAGCGCCAGCCACAAAUGAACCGCCCGUGACAAUGUCACCACCUGUGACAGAGGCACCUGUGACCGAGACGCCUACUGAUCCCUGCACCACUUGUAACUUUGCUAAAAUUACGUCGACGCCUCCAGGCACCGGCUUUUUGAGACCCAAGGGACCUGACGGAUGUAAGCAAGUUACUGUCAAGUGUAAAAGAACGGAUGACACCAAAUGCGCGGAAAUGUCUAUAUCUGCAACCGGUGCUUCGGGCAGCGUCGGGUCUAUUGGAAACGCCAUGGAAACUACAGAAGCUGAGGCGACGCUAAUUUGUCAGAGUGAUGGGACAUAUUCAAGUGUUUUCGUGGACGGCAUCACCGAGUUAUCUUGCAUCUCGACAAAAUGCAUUAGGCUUUGUACCACUUGUGACAUCUCCUCAAUUGCUCCGUUAAUGAUACCUCCAAAGAGAAACUAUGUUGCAGAGCCAGAAGAAGAUAGCCUAUGCUUGGAGUACUUUUCACAGUGUAGACUUAAUGACUACACACAGAGUUGCAGUACAAUUCAAAUAUCGGCAGAAACAACUGCUGGACCAGUAGUGCUAUCGGAAAUGACGAACUCAUUUUUUGCAUCCGCAACUAUUUCGUGUGGCAAUGAUGGAACAUUUUACUCCGACACAACAAUGGGAAUCACUAGAUUGAGCUGCUCCUACGGCAGUUGCACAGAUGAUUAA